UUGGGCCGUUUUGGGCCCACGACUGCCUUUGACGGAACGGUCCGAAGGAUGUACGCGUAUUGUUAUGACAAAAUACAAGUAACACGUCAUGCACAGUAUUUUCAAAUACUAAAGUAGGAAUUUGCAUCGUGGCGUGAUAUUUGCUUUUUUAUUUCUACUUUUGCUUUGCCAAACAUUCUCAAACGCAUCGUACACGAGUUGCCUGAUUGGUUUUGGGCUUAACCUAAACAAAAUCUGCUGCACGAAAUUCCACGCAAGGUACCAACGUAUUGUCUUGUAUACGUUCUAGAAAUUUUGUCCUUCGUUUCACGGUUUACGUGUUUCAACUUUUGAAAUCCAAGCGAGGUUCAUUGGUACAUUGGUCGUCAACAAUGGCGGAUGAACAGCAACAGUUUUUUCUUAAAUGGAAUGAUUUCCAAUCUAACAUGGUAUCAUCGUUUAAACACUUACGAGAUGAAAAAAGUUUUACGGAUGUGACGUUAGCUUGUGAUGGUCAAACUUGUAAAGCACAUAAGAUGGUAUUAUCUGCUUGUAGUCCCUAUUUUAAGUCUUUGUUAGAGGAAAAUCCGUCCAAACAUCCCAUUAUAAUUCUAAAAGAUGUUGCAUACAGCCAUCUUCAAGCUAUUUUGGAGUUUAUGUAUGCAGGAGAAGUUAAUGUUUCGCAAGAUCAGUUGCCUGCAUUUCUUAAAACUGCUGAUCGGCUUAAAGUCAAAGGGUUAGCAGAAGCACCAGGUGCCAUUAAGAGAGAGGGUUAAAGUUUUACUUAUAGUUAUGGAUAUUGGAAAGCGUGUGGACUAAAAAAAAAGUGUAAUAAUGUAAAGUGAUUACGUAAAGACAUAUACCACACACCAUAAAAAACACACGCUAUGUGUGCACAACUCAGUGUCCUCUGGUUCAUGACUUGGAUCAACACACGGCGACAAUGUAAAUUGCCUUUUCUUCAUCUCAGUUAAUGUUAAUGUUGUAUUGAAUGUAUGUAUACAAAUAUGGUAGAGACGAAAUGUUGAUGUUUGUCUUGAACCCGUUGCGCCAUGCAGUGGCGACAACACAUUGAUUAUUUUUUUAAAACAAAGUGCUGCAGAAACUAAUAAGUGGGUCACCAUAGUUUACAAUACACGGGACAGUUUUGUGGAUCAAAUGGAAAUGUUAAAAGACAUCUUUACAACUGCUGUUUUUAAAAUGGAUCUACUGUCUCACUAUAUUUUCCUAUCGGUGGUUCCAUGGUAGAUCUGUUCACGAGGCAUUAAAAUUUCUUAAAUCUGUACCAAAUAUUGGAUAAGCGCAACCUUUUUACCGUUUUCUUCUUUACGGAGGAUAGAGCAAUAUUUUAUUGUAAUAUAAAAACUAAAUAUAUUCGAGAAAUAAGAGUUUAUGAUACUGUAAUUGUAAGCCAAUGUGUUAAUAUAGGAGAGCAAGAAAUUUAGAUCGUAUCGUGAAUAGAUCUGCAAUACCCCGAUAAUCCCAUGAAAGAAUGUUAAAUCAAGUUUACUGGAAGUUGUAACAUGCGUGUCGUUUAUUGCUCUCUUUUAUUAUCGACAGUAUGUUUAGUUAGGUGUAUAUACACGAUUAUUCCUCAAAUUAUUGGGAUAUAAAACAACUCUUGUGUGGAUAUAUCUGUGGUAUCUCUUGUAGUUUAAGAAACAAUCGUGUAUAUAUAUUCAACCAAAUAUAGUGUUCGUGGAUUGAUAGAUCGUGUCGUUUCUCACCGGUUAACAUUCGCAAUUGGCACGAGAAUAAUUGUUCCGUUCAUCUUUUAUUCAGUCGGUACCAGUUACCUCUUCUAGUGAUCAUGAUUUUUUUACUUAACCAAAUACUGCCAGUAUUUAUACCGGCGUAUUCACAAUAUUACCGAUAGACCAAAUUUAUUUAUGAUAAUAAUAUAUUAAGGGUUGAAUGUCUUAAAUCGAGGGAAGGUUAUUGUAAUAUAAGCGAAACAAAUUUUUGUAAAGUCGGAGCGCACAGUUCCUUUCCCCUCCCGAUGAAUCAGAAUAAUCAGAGUUAAAGGCAAAAAAGUCAGGAAACAUUAUCGAGUCAAGAACAUAUGUAUUGAUACGUGUUGUACGCAAAAAUAUAAAAGUACCAUUUUAUUUGUUAUAUAAUCGCGAGUCCAAGAACUUUUGCUACAUUUACUUCGAAGAACUAAUUUUAUACUUCUCGUAAGUUGAUGAAUUAUGAUUUUGCUUUAUUCUUUUCUUAUUUCUUAAUAUAUUUGAUUCAAUUCUUGA